AUGAGCGCCCUACCCGCCUGUCUGUCCGCAGCCUCGGUCGGCUGUCCUAUUCCGGCGGCGCCGGAGGAACCUCGCCGGCGACGCGGCGGAGGAAGCCGCGGCCAGGAGCUCCGCCAAACGCUGGGCGAGGGUAAGGGGAUGGGCAGGAACCGGAGUGACUCCGGAGCCGCCGGGAUCGGCCUGGUGCGCUCCGCGGGAGGGAGACGCGCGCCCUUCGAAGGACGGGCGGAGUACUUGGGAGGGCGACGGGGGUCUGUGGCGCCGCUGCCUCGACGCGGCUACGAUGCCGUCGCCGAGCCUCCCGCCUGCACCACCUGGUACUCCAGCCCCCGAGGCGGCCAGAUAAAGUGUUUUCUGAAGUAUGAGCUGGCUCCCUUCCUCAAGGAUUACCCUUCCAAGGAAUACUUCCGCAUUGUGCCAUCGGAAGGGAUCCAGAAGGCCGAAGGUCUGGGCCACACGGAGCCCAAGAUGUUUUCCAGCGUGGUCAGAACCAUCCCUGAUGACACCUUGGUUGAAAAAGAGCAGAGGGCCUUCCAUCGCCUGCAGCCCCUCGACUUGCAACAGCAGCAGAUGGCUGCCCUGACCCCGGCGAGCCCUUCCCGACCCAGAAGCCCCUGGGGCAGGCUUGACCCCUAUGACUCGCAUGAGAACGAUGACAAGGAGUACGUGGGGUUUGCGACGCUCCCCAAUCAAGUCCACCGGAAGUCUGUGAAGAAAGGCUUUGAUUUCACACUCAUGGUUGCAGGAGAGGCCGGGCUGGGGAAGUCCACACUUGUAAACAGUCUUUUUCUCACUGACCCGUACAAGGACUGCGAACUCCUAAAUGCGGAAGAACGGAUCCUGCAGACGGUAGAAAUCACAAAGCAUGUGGUGGACGUUGAGGAGAAAGGCAUGAAGCUCCGCCUUACCAUCGUGGACACGCCGGGCUUUGGGGACGCCGUCAACAACACAGAGUGCUGGAAACCUGUGGCCAAUUACAUAGAUCAGCAGUUCAAGCAGUACUUCCGGGAUGAAUGUGGCCUGAACCGGAAGAACAUCCAGGACAACCGUGUCCACUGCUGCCUCUACUUCAUUUCGCCCUUUGGACACGGACUGCGGCCCCUGGACGUCGAAUGCAUGAAAGCUCUCCAUCGGCGUGUGAACGUCAUUCCAGUCCUGGCCAAAGCUGAUGCCCUGACACCCUGUGAGGUGGAGCGAAUGAAAACCAAGAUCCGUGAUGAAAUCAAACAGUUCGGAAUCCGGAUCUACCAGUUCCUGGACUGUGAUUCAGAUGAAGAUGACGAUUUUAAGAUGCAGGAUCAGGUCCUUAAGGAGAGCAUCCCUUUUGCUGUGAUUGGAAGCAACACAGUGGUGGAGGCCGAAGGCAGACAGGUUCGUGGGAGGCUUUAUCCGUGGGGCGUCGUGGAAGUGGAGAACCCCACACACUGCGACUUUGUCAAGCUACGCACCAUGCUGGUGAGGACCCACAUGCAGGACCUGAAGGAUGUGACUGAGGAAACACAUUAUGAAAACUACCGGGCGCAGUGUAUCCAGUGGAUGACUCGCAUGGUGAUGACAGAGUGGAACCGCAAGUAUGUCAUGUGGGCCAUGAUGGUGACAGCCUAUAACUUCCUCAUCGUUUAUGUCUACGGGCUCCAAAUAGUCCAUGUCUAA